UCCUAGACGCAACUAUGGAACAAGAAGAACAGACAUUAAUAACAUCAACGAUCAACAAAAGAACUUUCAACGUACCCCAAGGACUACAAGUCUGCUUGCUAACAGACGCCAUGUGUCGAGGUAUUGAGGACUACCUACCAGAUGCAAAAUGCUGGGUUCACCCUGGCACGACUCUUGAGAGAUCUUCUAAACAACACAUAGACCACUUUGAGACAAUACACAACAGUGCGUUGGUACUACUCCACAUCGGAACCAAUAACAUUGCAAGUGGAGCACCCCAAUCACUGAUCAUCCAACGAAUGAAAGCACUAACAACUUCAAUCUCUCAAGCAAAUCCUCACAUUCUGUAUUUUGCAAUUAGUGCUGUCUUGCCACGACCUACAGAUGACUCAGCAAAAAAAAAAACUACAGUGAAACAAUACAACACUAUGCUACACCACUGAACUACUCACACAGACAACAUCAUCUUUCUGAACACAACAAAACCUUUCCUCAAACAUGGAAAAAUAGUCUACCCCCUAUACAGACAAGAUGGCCUCCACCUUAAUCAACAAGGAAAACACAAACUUUUUACAUACUUUCAGCAGUUCCUUUGGCAUUUUUGUCACUUUUCAACACAAACCAAACAAUGUUAGUAUCUAAUGACAUUUUUGUCAGACUUGUUUUCAUUAAUGACCAUAACAUGUUGUCCCUUUCUACAACAAUAAAUGCCAUUUUCUUUGU